UCAAUGUUAUGGUGUUUUUUAAUCUAAAAUUAUAAGUUAAGUUGGACCAAAGAUGUUUACCCGAAACGAAAUACAGAGACAAUAGAUAUCAAAAGAACCAUAAGCCGGACCUUCCCUAGAAGUAAACCCAAUUGUUGAUCCAUAGUCGGACUCGGGUGGCUCAAGGAAGAAGAACCCGUAGUUUUUAAUUCCUGAAAUACAUCUAUAACCAUAAUCUUCUUCAGCUUUACCAACGCGGUCCCUCGACUCACUCGGACGAACGCUUCAACAAACUCACCUCACUGUCAUGUGUCUCUUCGUUUCCCAGUAUCUACAUCUCCGUUAACUGAUUCACACUCUUUCCAGCUUCCUCUCUGGACAAGGUCCUUUGUACAAGCUGCCUGGACCAGGAGAUCUCGUGGUGAAGCUGCAAAUCAACCCAAUAGGAAAACCAUAGAAACAAGGAAAUUUAUUUUUUUCCGAGCCUGAAAAAUGUAUUGGACUUUCAAUUUAAAUUUCUUUUUCUGAUUUUGUUUUCUCGGAUGGAAGAACUCAAAUCAAACCUAGUUCUUCUUUACUAAAAAAAUGUUGAUAAGAAGAUUAAAAACCCUGCUUAAACCCUUGUCUGAUCCUCACCUCUGUCUCAUAGCCACCGAGUCAACUCAAAAUCAACUCAGCAACCCAUCUAACUGUCUCAAUCCCAUAACUCCAAUCAACCAACCCACUCUUCUGAAAGUCUGUACCAUCCUCUACCAACAGCAAAACUCACCUGACUCACGCCUCUACUCAUCCCUCUCUUCUUACAAUCCUUCUUUCAACCCUGAAUUCUUCCUUCAAGUUUGCAACACUUUCCCAUACUCCUGGCGCCCCAUCUACCGAUUCUUCCUCUACACCCAAAAAGUCCCUCACUUCACUCACAACUCCGUCACCUUCAAUAAAAUGUUGGAUGUCAUUGGAAAAUCCAAAAACAUUGACCUUUUUUGGGAAACUUGUCAGGAGAUGGGAAAACUUGGGUUGGUCAAUGAUAAGACCUUUAGGAUAGCUUUAAAGACCCUAGCAUUAGCUAGGGAGUUGAAGAAAUGUGUGGGUUUUUUCCAUUUGAUGAAUGGGUUUGGGGUCGGAUACAAGUUGGAGACUUUAAAUACAGUGGUGGAAAGUUUAUGCAAGGAUAAGCUUGUGGAAGAGGCAAAGUUUGUUACUUUCAAGUUGAAAGAAUGUGUUGAGCCAAAUGGGGUUACUUAUAAGUGGUUGAUAUGGGGGUUUUGUGAUGUGGGUAAUUUGAUUGAGGCCUCAAAAAUUUGGAAUCUGAUGGUGGAUGAAGGGUUUGAGCCUAAUGUUGAGGUUGUGGAGACGAUGAUGGAGGCACUUUUUAAGACUAAUAAAUAUGACGAAGCAAUGAAGGUUUUCCAAAUGAUGAGAGUUAAGAGAAUGCAUGAUUUGGGGCUUUCAAGUUUUAGGCUUGUGAUCAAGUGGAUGUGUAAGAGAGGCAAGAUCGAGCAAGCUAAUGGGAUGUUUGAGGAAAUGUGCCAAAGAGGGAUCCAAGCUGAUAAUUUGACCUUGGCUUCGAUUAUUUACGGGCUUUUAGCAAGAGGGAGGAUUAGAGAGGCUUAUAAGAUUGUGGAAGGAAUUGAGAAUCCGGAUAUCAGCAUUUACCACGGACUAAUAAAGGGGCUUUUGAGGUUGAGGAAGGCAAGUGAAGCAACACAAGUGUUUAGAGAGAUGAUAAAGAGAGGGUGUGAGCCUUUAAUGCAUACAUAUAUCAUGUUACUGCAAGGUCAUCUGGGGAAGAAAGGGAGGAAAGGACAUGAUCCAUUGGUGAAUUUUGACUCAAUAUUUGUUGGGGGCUUGAUUAAGGCUGGAAAGACAGUAGAGGCUACCAAAUAUGUGGAGAGAACAAUGAAAAGAGGAAUGGAAGUGCCUAGAUUUGAUUACAAUAAAUUUUUACAUUUCUACUCAAAUGAGGAAGGUGUAAUGAUGUUCGAGGAGGUGGGCAAGAAAUUAAGGGAAGUGGGGUUAUUUGAUUUGGCUGAUAUAUUGGAGAGAUAUGGGCAGAAAAUGGCCACUAGGGAUAGGAGGAGAAAAACUGAAAAGUUGUAGCCUAAGUACAUACCUUUUGUUUGAAGUUGCUAAUUAUAUUGAAACCCAAUUAUGGUACAAGACUACAACAUAUUGUCCUUGUGUAUGUUGGACCUGCAAGUGUCAUCAAACUUUGAAGCAAAGACUUAGGCCGCGUUUGGUUGGAGGGAAUGGAAUAGCCAUUCCCUCCUUAUUCUUAGAUGAACAGUUAAGCCAUAGUUUGCUUCACCGUUUUCUUCAUUCGGCGAAUGGCUAUUCCUCUUCUAUUCAUCUGAUUUACCAAAUCAUCAUUCGGUGAAGGGGGCUAAGAAUAACCUAUUCAACAACAGACGUAAUAGCAAAAUUCCCCCCCCCCCCCCAAAGACAAUUUUACCUUGUGUUUGUUCACCCAUUGUUCGUUGUCGUUGUUGUAAAAGUGGUGCCUCCGUCGAUUCUGUCAUUGAGAACCGUCGAUUCAUAUCCGACUCGUUCCCCGCCUCCACAAAGCUGCCUCCUUUCCCUUGUGAGAACCUCUGUAAGUUCCCCUAUUUUCUUCCUCUUCUUUGUUUAUAAUUUCAACUAUGUUUGUAUUACUGGUUUUAUUUUACCUCUUUUUUUUUCGAACUUUUGUAAAAACUGAAAAAUAAAAAACAAGGAUCUAAAAGAGUUGGAUUAGGGUUCUUUUAAUGGCGCAAAUUCAUGUUCAGUAUUUGGCGCCAGUUUCCGGGCCAAACGGCAUUGCUCCCAGACCUGGGGGACCGCAGUUUAUGCUGACUUCACUCUAUGUCGGGGAUCCUGAUGCUUCCGUUACCGAUGAGCAACUCAUCCAAACGUUUAGCCAGGUGGCUCAGGUCGCCUCAGUAAGAGUUUGUCGGGACUUGGCUACUGGUCGUUCUAUCGGCUACGGCUAUGUCAACUAUAACAAUCCUCGUAGUGCGGCUAGGGCAUUGAAUCUACUUAAUUUCACUCCACUGUAUAACAAGCCUAUUCGCAUCAUGUAUUCUCAGCGAGAUCCUAGUCUUCGUAAGAGUGGCACUGCAAACAUAUUUAUCAAGGAAACUGAAAUGUUUAAGCGGCUUAAAAAGGCUGGAAAAUGUACUAAGAUGGUUGAGCAAUCUGGUUCUUCUGAUGAUUAGGAUGUUUUAACUUGCGUAUGCAUUGCCUACCAAGAAAGAAAUAAGGAAUAAAGCGAUAUUAAUGCAGUUAGAUAUUGUAGGCCUGCUAUCUGAUGAUAUAUUCGGAGAAGAGGAAGCUUCAUUUUGUGGUUGAUCCUUUAUUGAACUGUCAUUGCAACUUGUUCUACUACUAAGGCAAUCCGAAGAAAGACCACUGGAACUGGUAGGAUGAGGUAUCUUCGCCACGGUCCUCGUAGGUUCAAGACUGGUUUCAGAGAAGGUACUGAAGCAGCACCGAGGAAGAAGGUUGCAGCAGCUUUGGCUUAAGUUGGCUAUGAGGUUGUUUUGAGGAAUCCAUCUAUUUUAGUAAAAGUUUUAUGGGAACAUUACAUGAGAAAUGUCAUUUAUUACAUUAGAUGCUUUUAAAUAUUUGUAGUUUCUAUUUUCAUGUAGCUGCUUAGGCUAUUGUUGCUUGACACUUAAUUACUGGAUAUUUUUGUGGAUGAAGUUAAUCAUGUGCUUGUUUCGGUUAUGAUGCCCUUCAUCUUGUUUCAAAUUAUAGUCUUCUUUAUUCGAGUAUUGUUGUUUGAAGUAUUUUUUACAUCUUGUGAGUUACAUUCUAUAAAAGUAUAAUCUUUGCUUGGCACUUGCCAUAAUAAAAUCCGAGGUAUCAGUCCUUUUUAUUAUAUAAA